AUGGAGAAUGAGAAACGUUCACAACAUAAACGACGUAAAACAAAUCGAGGAGUUAUUAGUGUGGAUAAUGGAAGUGGCUCUAGCCAAGUUAGGGAUGUCAAUUGUGUUCAACCAACAUAUUCAACUGGUCAAAGUAUGACAGAAGGUGGAUUUAGCUAUGGUUCAGGCACAGAAGAUAUUACAAGGAAAUUUGUUGAACCUUGGAAUUUUGGUGAACCAUCAUGUGUAUGUGAAUAUUGUGGUCAAGUCAAGUUGCCUUUGCUUAAUAAACCACCUAUUAUUCUUGAAGACUUGCUAAAUCCUGGUGGUAGGCAGAGUUCAAAAAACUUUAAGGCACAAAUAAGAAGUUAUAAUUUUAUGUUUGUUAUGACAUCAAUUGGUGGGAAUGUGAAUAAUAAUAUUAACGAUGGAAGAGGUCGUUAUAUUUUUUGCCUUAAUGGUCAAAACCACCACAGAAUUGGAUCAUUACUCCCAGGUGACGACUUGAACCCACAUUUUGCGCAGUUAUAUUUUUAUGACACUGAAAAUGAAGUUCCAAAUAGAAUGAAUUCCUUGAAUCGCUCUGACAAUAACCUUGACCGAUCUAUUGUUGAUGUCCUAUUCCAAAUGCUAGAUGAAUCAAAUGUAUUGGUGAAGAUCUUUCGGAUGACUAGAGAUCGUUUUAGAGAAGAUAUUGUCCACCACUUAAAAUUACGUAUUAUCGAAUCACGAUCAACCGAUGGAAGAGAGCACAAUCUUUCCAGAUGUUCUGAAAUUGCUACAAUUAUCGUCAGUGACAUUGGUGUUGAGAAUGCACACGGCAAUGUUAUUGUGGAUUAUAAAGAAGGUGGAUUACAGAGGAUCAACAAGUUGCAUCCGUCAUAUAUGGCAUUCCAGUAUCCUCUUCUAUUUCCAUAUGGAGAGGAUGGAUUUAGGCUUGGCAUUUUACAUAGAAGUGUUAAUAGAACUAGACAUAACACAAACAAUUAUGUAACAAUGAGGGAGUACUAUGCAUUCCGGUUGCAAGAACGUCAAGGUGAAGGAAAUACUUUGAUAUAUGGUAGCCGCUUAUUUCAGCAGUUUGUUGUUGAUGCAUACACAUGUAUUGAAGGAAUGCGGCUUAUGUGGGAUUCAGUUAUGAGGGGAGAUACCACCCCUGCAUCUGUUGGGAAAAGAAUUGUUUUGCCUUCGACUUUUACGGGAAGCCCAAGAUAUAUGAUUGAGAAUUAUCAAGAUGUAAUGGCAAUUUGUAGAUGGACAGGCUAUACUGAUUUAUUUAUUACUUUCACUUGCAAUGCGAAAUGGCCGGAGAUCGAAAGCUUUCUAUCUAUGAAUCCUGAUCAGAAACCUGAGGAUCAACCUGAUAUACUUGCAUGA